AAGGAGUGAUGGUUUCAAGAAAAGUGUUUUAACGAUUGAGAAAACUGUAGUUUGGAUGGCACGUUCACCUGCGCGCUCAGGUGGAGGCGCUGUCGGGUCGCGCGAGGGGUCGGUGAGGCGGAGCGCGAGACAAACUCGCACCAGCGGCCGUUCAUUUAGUCAUUAAACCGAGAAACUCCCUGACAGUCGCCGUCACCUGCCGAGCCGUGUUGGUUUGCGCCUCUGCCAUGCGGUAAAAGCGGGGAGAAACACAGAAACAGUGGAGGAUCUGUGAGCGCAAUGCAGAGUCCAGACAUGAACGGAUACAGCGGAGUCACAGCGCAGUCCUCACAGAUGAACGGUCAUGGCUCACUGUCUCCAGAUGUUCCUGCCAAAAGGUCGGGUGGUAAAGCUCUGUACGAACAUAGGAAGAACUACACCAAAAACAGCAUCAACAGCCUGACGGACACGUCACAGUACCAUGUGGAGCAUCUGUCCACGUUUGUGAUGGACCGCAAGGAGGCCAUGCUGACCAUCGAGGACGGCGUCAGAAAGCUGCGUCUGCUGGACGCUAAAGGAAAGGUUUGGACGCAGGACAUGAUCCUGCAGGUGGAUGGGAAAGCCGUCAGCCUCAUCGACCACGAAAGCAAGAACGAGCUGGAGAACUUUCCUCUGGGCUCGAUCCAGCACUGUCAGGCCGUGAUGAACGCCUGCAGCUACGACUCCAUCCUGGCACUGGUGUGUAAGGAGUCCAGCCAGGGCAAACCGGACCUGCACCUGUUCCAGUGCGACGACAUCAAGGCCAAUUUGAUCCACGUGGACAUCGAGAGCGCCAUCAGCGACCACAAGUGCGGGAAGGUCAAGAAGCGUCCGGAGGUGCUGAAAAUGAUUCUGAAGAGUGACGGAACUAUCCCUCCGCCCCCAGGAGGCCACGCCCCCAACCCUCCAGGAGCUGUCAAUCAAGCGGACGCCAAGAGCCGAGUGGCCAGCUGGUCUGCGUGGACCAAUGAGCAACAGGAGCAUGAUCCACAGAGACAUUACACAGAGCUGGAAGACUCUCCUGAAAUGAGCGCAGCUCAAGUGGACAGAGAUGUGCAAAUCCUCAAUCACAUUCUGGACGACAUCGAACACUUCGUCACCAAACUGCAGAAAGCCGCCGAGGCCUUUAAUGAGCUCUCCAAACGCAAGAAAACCAAGAAGAGCAAAAAGAGAGGACCGGGAGAGGGGGUUUUGACGCUGAGAGCUAAACCUUCGUCUCAGGACGAGUUUAUCGACUGUUUCCAGAAGUUCAAACACGCCUUCAACCUGCUGGGGAAGUUGAAGAACCACAUUCAGAACCCCAGCGCUGUAGAUCUGGUCCACUUCCUGUUCAAUCCUCUCAGACUGGUGAUCCAGACGUCUGGAGGGGUGGAUCUGGCUAAAAGCGUGAUCGUUCCUCUCCUCACCAGAGAAGCCAUUGACUUCCUGCACGCGGUGGGUUCGGCGGAGGAGAGACACCUGUGGGUCACGCUGGGAGACGGAUGGACCAAAUGCAGGUUGGAGUGGCCGAAGGAUCACCCGUUUCCUCCGCACACGCUGUGUUUCCGGGACGGCUGGGAGCCGCCGGUGCUGGUGUCUCGUGAGCAAGACGUGGCUCAGCUGGCGGAGAGGCGCGGCGCGGCGCAGACCGAGGUUCAGAGACCUGUGGACCAGCUGGUAGUCCAGGACUUCCCCGGUGCAGACGGGUACGGCUACAGUCACACUUCUUACAAGCGUUUGCACCUGCUGGAGCCAGACAUGGCCGUGGCUGCUUUUAAACACGCGGUCAGCCAUCAUGUAGAUAGGAACCUGGAGGCUCACGGCCAGACGCAGAGAAACUUUGCCAAAUCCAGAUAUGACUUUGUGGCCAGAAACAACACUGAACUGUCUGUGAUGAAAGACGAGGUGGUGGAGGUGCUGGAUGACAGGAAGCAGUGGUGGAAGGUGCGUAACGGGAUGGGCGCUUCGGGAUACGUGCCAAACAACAUUCUGGAGAUCAGCAGAGCGGUGGACGUGACGGGCCGCGGGGAGCCCAUCUACAGCCACACCAUACAGCUAAUGAUGCCAAAAAAGGAAUUUGAGUUGUUUAAGCAAUUACUGGGCGAGUUAAACGAGAAGCAGCGCUCAGAUUACGUGCCCAAACCGGCGGUGACGGAACCCCCGCCCCCCCCGACGCCCCCGCCUCCUCCUGCCCCGCUGCAGAUCCCCACCCCCCCACUGCCUCCCGCAUCCACCCCGCUGCCAGCCGCCCAACAUCAGGACUCGCCACCGGCUGACAGCCAGCAACACAACAACAACAGCAGCCAGAGCGACGGCGUGACCAUGAGAGAGCAUCAGAGAGAGAGAGCUGCGCCCGCCAACCGCCGAAAGUCCAACAUGGAGGAGGUUCAGGACGAGCUGAUGCACAGACUGACUCUGGGCCGAAGCGCUCAGAAGAAGUUCCAGGCUCCAUCUCGCUCCAGCAGCCUGCCGGCGGUCAACAUCACGUACGACUCCACGCCGGACGAUGUGAAAGCCUGGCUGCAGCUCAAAGGCUUCAGCGAAGUGACCAUCAACAGUCUGGGUGUGCUGACCGGUGCUCAGCUCUUCUCUCUGAACAAAGACGAGCUGAAGACCGUCUGUCCUGAUGACGGCGCUCGAGUCUACAGCCAGAUCAUCGUCCAGAAAGCCGCUCUCGAGGACGCCGUGGAGCGCGCUCAGUUUGCCGCCAUAAUGCGCCGUCGUCAGGAACUCUUGGACCCGUCCGAUAACGGAACCGGAUCGGACGCGGACGAACGAGCGUGACGAGACGCGAGAGGCUUUUUGUAGACAUGUGAACGUUGCUGCGGCGUUCUCUGUAGGUUCCUGUGAGAACAUCAGAGCAGUAUGUAGUCUAGUGCCAUCGAGUUCUGCCUUCAUAGUCCAACAUCCUAAAAACAUUCACAUUUAUAUGCAAUCAUUUACUGCUCGGACAGAAAACCUGUGUAAAUACUCCCACACGAUUGGCUGGAUCUUGGACCAAAUAUCGAUUUGAUUAGCUAUUGUUCCUCACAGACACUUCUGACUAAUGACGUCUUGAAUUAUUCAUCAGCUGCUUUGAAUGUACCUGGAGAAUUAUGGGUAACGUUUUUUUUUUUUACUAGCAAAAUAAUGUUUCUGUUCAUGAUCGUUUUGUACUGAAUUGUACCGCCAAAUGAGAAGAUUUAUAAACCUAAUGGAAAUGAAAUGUCAGUUUCUGUAGAUCUGACGUGAGUUUCACAAGGACAUUUGACAGAUUUUGGGCCAAAAUCCUCCUGCAGUCUGCAGAUGAUACUGAUGAUGCCAUCAAACUUUCAGAAAUAUGACUUGAUUAUUUUCCUCUCUAUCCCAGUAACGUGACUGAUGUUUGGCCAAAUCAAUCUCUGGGUUCAAGGUUUCUGUUUAAACACAAAUGUCACGCAUUCAAUCUGUAAAUAUAAAGCGUGUGCAGAAUAAAUGGGAUCAUGUGA